AUGGCACAUUUUUUCACCAACCCAAUCAAUUGGCUGAAGUGCCUAUCAAUUGGCAGGAAGAAAAUUUUGCAUUACACAAAGCAAAAGACAGCAACAUAUAAACACAACCGCUUCAAAAACCCUUUGCUAGUAGUUGCUACCGCUACUGUUACACUCUUCGUUAUGGCGCUAUCUGACACGGUUCUCAGCAACCUUACGAUAAUCUAUGUUACAAUCAUCGUCUGUAUCAAGCUCUACGGCUUUCUCUCCGGUCGCACCUUCACCGGUGCUUUUAUUCUGAUCAUGUCAACCACCGCGGUGAUCCUUAUUCUAAUAUCAACGCUGGCGUGGGACGUCUCUCGUAAAGCCACGUAUGCCUUCAACCGCCACCAUCCACCUAGUCACAGCCACGAUGAGAUCAUUUGCAAGGGAGGUAUCUGUUGGCACGGCGUCGCCGUCCGAUCACCGGCUUCUCAAGUCCGUUUCAGACUUCCACAACAGAUGUUUCCCAUUCCCAACGCCGCUUUCUGAUGGUAGAAUUUGGUGAAGAUAGUGAGAGGAAGAAAAAUGAUGUGAAAAGGAUAUUAUUUAAUAUAAUUUGCUUUUUUAUUCAUAAUUAAUCAUUAUUAUCUCCUUAUAGUUUUUUAUUUAUUUGUUUUUAUUUAAUAAGCUGCCUAACUUUUGUCUAAUACCGGGUGGGUGUAUAGAUGCGUGUUUGGGAUUCUCAUUGAGAGUGUCUUAAUAUAUGUAUAUAUAUAAAUGCAUUAAAUUUAAUGUAUGUAUAUAAAUAGAAUUAUGUCAUUACUUUGUAAUAAUUAUAUCUUUAUAAGAAAACAACAUUUGUCUCAUGAGUCAUGACUUUGUGCAUUAUUGGAUGGGAUUUGGCUAUAUGUAAAUUUGUCCAAGUUAACAUAGUUAAUUUCAUAUGUGUUUGUCAAUUGUCAGGAGUUAAAUAUAGUAAAUGAGUUUU